GCAGGCGGAAGGGCGCGGAGGAGGUGACGCGAUAGGCCGGCGCCGGCGUCGCGGCAGCCGCUUCAGAGGAAGCUCGGCGGCUGUGGCCGCGGCGAGCAGGCCGGACGCCUCUUCGCUGGCGGGGCUUCCCCUGGAGCUGACGAAGGCGGGGCCCGCGGUCCAGGCUGCUGCCGCGUCGGGGCCGGUGGCGGGGCAGCUGCCAGGAACGAGGGUCGCAGCUGCAUCCAGAUCUCAUUAUGCAUCAGGAAAAUGAAAAAACAGAGGAAAAUUCUAUGGAGGAAAGGAAUCCACUUAGCCUUUUCUGAGAAAUGGAACACUGGGUUUGGAGGCUUUAAGAAGUUUUAUUUUCACCAACACUUGUGCAUUCUGAAAGCUAAGCUGGGAAGGCCAAUUACUAGGAAUAGACAGUUGAGACAUUUCCAGGGUGGAAAGAAAGCCCUUCAGAUCCAGAAAACAUGGGUCAAGGAUGAACCCCCUUGUGCUAAGACCAAGUUCAGUGUGGAUACUCCACAUGCUAGCACUCUGUCCUCUCCAGUGAAAAGAAAGGACACUAAACACUUCGUUUCCUCCUCAAGGACUCUCCUGAGACUCCAAGCAGAGAAGUUGUUGUCAUCAGCAAAGAAUUCUGACCAUGAAUACUGCAGAGAGAAAAAUCUCUUGAAGACAGUUACUGACUUUCCAUCCAAUAGUGCUUUAGGUCAGGCCAAUGGUCACAGACCUAGGACAGACCCACAGGCUUCUGACUUUCCCAUGAAGUUCAAUGGGGAGAGCCAAAGUCCAGGGGAGAGUGGCGCGAUUGUGGUCACCUUGAGCAACCACAAGAGAAAGGGCUUUUGUUACGGCUGCUGCCAAGGGCCGGAGCACCACAGGAAUGGGGGACCCUUGAUUCCAAAGCAGUUCCAACUUAACCGACAUAGAAGAAUCAAAUUAUCUCCUCUUAUGAUGUAUGAGAAAUUAUCCAUGAUUAGAUUUCGGUACAGGAUUCUCAGAUCCCAGCACUUCAGAACCAAAAGCAAAGUUUGCAAGCUAAGAAAAGCCCAGCGAAGCUGGGUACAGAAGGUCACUGGGGACCAUCAAGAGACCCUUAGGGAGAACGGUGAGGGUGGCAGUGGCAGCCCAUUUCCUUCCCCAGAACCUAAAGACCCUUCUUGUCGGCAUCAGCCGUACUUUCCAGAUAUGGACAGCAAUGCUGUGGUGAAGGGGACGAACUCUCAUGUGCCUGAUGGCCACACUAAAGGAAGCCCUUUCUUGGGCAAAGAGCUUAGUUUAGACGAAGCAUUCCCUGACCAACAGAAUGGCAGUGCCACACACGCCUGGGACCAGUCAUCUUGUGCUUCUCCUAAGUGGGAGUGUACAGAGCUGAUUCAUGACAUCCCCUUACCAGAACAUCAUUCUAAUACCAUGUUCGUUUCAGAAACUGAAAAAGAAAUUAUGACUCUGGGUCAGGAAAAUCGGACAAGUUCUCUUAGUGAUGACGGAGUAAAACUGUCCGUGUCUGGAGCAGAUACAUCUGUGAGUAGUGUAGAUGGGCCUGUGUCCCAAAAGGCUGUUCACAGUGAGAACUCAUACCAGAUGGAGGAGGAUGGAUCUCUCAAGCAGAACAUUCUUAGUUCUGAGUUGCUGGACCACCCUUACUGUAAAAGUCCACUGGAGGCUCCCCUGGUGUGCAGUGGACUCAAACUAGAAAAUCAAGUAGGAGGUGGAAAGGACAGUCAGAAAGCCUCUCCAGUGGAUGAUGAACAGCUGUCAGUCUGUCUGUCUGGAUUCCUAGAUGAGGUUAUGAAGAAGUAUGGCAGUUUGGUUCCACUCAGUGAAAAAGAAGUCCUUGGAAGAUUAAAAGAUGUGUUUAAUGAAGACUUUUCUAAUAGAAAACCAUUUAUCAAUAGAGAAAUAACAAACUAUCGGGCCAGACAUCAAAAAUGUAACUUCCGUAUCUUCUAUAAUAAACACAUGCUGGAUAUGGACGACCUGGCGACUCUGGAUGGUCAGAACUGGCUGAAUGACCAGGUCAUUAAUAUGUAUGGUGAGCUGAUAAUGGAUGCGGUCCCAGACAAAGUUCACUUCUUCAACAGCUUUUUUCAUAGACAGCUGGUAACCAAAGGAUAUAAUGGAGUAAAAAGAUGGACUAAAAAGGUGGAUUUGUUUAAAAAGAGCCUUCUGUUGAUUCCUAUUCACCUGGAAGUCCACUGGUCUCUCAUUACUGUGACACUCUCUAAUCGAAUUAUUUCAUUUUAUGAUUCCCAAGGCAUUCAUUUUAAGUUUUGUGUAGAGAAUAUAAGAAAGUAUUUGCUGACUGAAGCCAGAGAAAAAAAUAGACCUGAAUUUCUUCAGGGUUGGCAGACUGCUGUUACGAAGUGUAUUCCACAACAGAAAAAUGACAGUGACUGUGGAGUCUUUGUGCUCCAGUACUGCAAGUGCCUCGCCUUAGAGCAGCCUUUCCAGUUCUCACAAGAAGACAUGCCCCGAGUGCGGAAGAGGAUUUACAAGGAGCUGUGUGAGUGCCGGCUUAUGGACUGAAACUCCGCAGGGACCCUGGGAAGUCUGACCAAGUUGGAGCAGAUGGUUUGUUACUUGAAUCUCCAAACACUUAGUUGAAUUUUUACAGAUAUUUCAGAUCAGUGGUGUUGGGCCACUAUUGUUACCUCAAAUUUAUUUUUUGCCCUUAUUCAUUUCUCCAGCUACCAUGUACUAUUGUUUAAUGUUCAGUUUGGUUUCAUUUUUAAUUUUAUGGUUCUGUGCGUCCCCCAUAUUUAAUAUUUAUUAUUCAAACGCAUGCAUAUAGACAGAGCAUGCAGUGAAGAGUAUUAAAAAAAAAAGCUUAGUAGAUUUGGUGCAGCUUUUGAAACUUAGUUAGACGUGAACUGAAUACAGGUUUCAGAUUUACUCCCAGAACCUAAAAUGCAAGAUGUUUUUGAUACAGCAUACGCUGAGAAUAGUAAGUGUUCCCUGGGGCAUUAAGGGUAGCUGGGGGUGGUUUUGACAAAUCCAGUCCUGUUUUGCUUUACCAGCGGCACCUUUCACCACCUUCCCUCUCCACGUGAGUCUCAGAGAGUGCGGGCCAUUCCUUUAGAAGGUGAGAUGAAAGUGGCUGUAAACUGACUGGUGUCUUCUGUUUCUGGAGGCACACUUGUAAGCACAGUGGCUGCUCUGGGAAGAGUAAGUGUGAGAAAAAGACAGCAACCUUGGAGGCCAGUAACAAUGACAGAUUUCAAUUGUGGUUUCAAGAAUUAUAAUACGUGGCGUAUAUCUCAUAAAGGCUUUUGCUGAAA